AUGGCGACGAACUGGUUCGGAUCUGCUCAUGAAUCGGUUACCAACGCCAUUGCCAAUGCACCAAGUUUGCAAGCUGUGGCGGAGAACCUGGGAAUCAAAGAUUUUCAUCAAUGGGCCUCGGCCAAAGCGUUUGACCUGCACUCAGCAGUCCACGAGCAGGCAGUCGAGUUAGUGAAGACCAAGGUGAAGGGAGAGUUCGGGAACGAAGUCAUCGACAUGCUGGAUGCUCUUUCCGAAUGCAUGCGGAAGAUUUCAGAGGAGUUGAAGCUGAAGGAGGCCAAGUUUGGCAUUACGUUGGCACUUCCGUUGGUCUCCAUGCAGCAUAACAUGCUGGAACGUCCCGACGUCGAAGGACUUUUGACCGACCGGGCGUUGCUGGACGAAGCGGCGUAUUGGGUGGAUUUUGCUGCGGGAGCCUAUGGUAAGGAGGACAUCAAGGGCUAUGACAAAGCCUCGGUGAACGUGGCGAUUGGUGAGAAGUCAGGAGUGGAGGUAACAGUGGCGUAUCUUCCGGCAAAAGGUGUUCAAAUGCCUGGGCACUUUGUAGCUGUGGACAGGAACAAUCGAGAAGUGGUUCUGGGCAUUCGUGGUACGACCACCCUGUCCGACGCGCUCACGGAUGCCGUGGGAGAAGCCACGCAGGUUCCAGGCUGCCCUGGUCUACUGGCGCACAAAGCGAUGUUGGCCAGUGCACAGGCCGUUCUUGAAAAGACACGGCCUGCACUGGAACAAGCACUGCGUGAUCACUCAGGUUUCUCCUUGGUCAUCACUGGACACAGCUUGGGUGCUGGGACGGCGAUUCUUUGCACUGUUCUACUGUCGGCAGAAUGCUUGGAGUGA